UUGCCGUUCAUCAUGUUCCGUCCGAUUCUGUCCCAGACUGCUGUCACUCGUGCUGCAAUCCGCUCGAUCGCAACUUCCGCUGCCUCGGCCAACGCGGCCGCUCCUGGUAGCGAUAAGAUCGUUGCGCCCGUGCGACGCCUCGGCGUUAUCGGUGCCGGCCAGAUGGGCAUUGGCAUUGCUCAGGUGGCGGCCCAGGUGGCCAAGAUCCCCGUCACUGUGAUGGACGUGAGCAUGCCGCGCUUGCAGCAGCAGCUCGCUUUCGUCGACUCGCUGCUGGCCAAGAACGUUGCAAAGGGCAAGAUGCAAGAGUCUGAGCGCAAGGACAUUGUGUCUCGCUUCACCUUGACCACAGACAUCAAGGACUUUGCCAGUGCCGACUUUGUGGUCGAGGCCGUCAGCGAGAAGACCGAUCUCAAGCUCGACCUCUUCCGCCAGCUGUCCGAGGUCACCUCCAAGGACACCAUCCUUGCUUCAAACACGUCGUCCAUCUCAAUCACCAAGAUUGCCAGCGUGACCAAAAACCCGGAGAAUGUGAUUGGCGUUCAUUUCAUGAACCCCGUCCCUGUCAUGAAGCUGGUCGAAAUCAUCUCGGGUCUGCAAACCUCUCCCGAGACGCUUCAGCGCAGCCUUGCGUUGGCCACUGCCAUGGGCAAGACGACUGCCACGUCGCAGGAUGUGCCCGGCUUUAUUGCCAACCGUCUGCUGAUGCCCUUCAUCAACGAGGCCGUGUUUGCGCUCCAGGACGGCCUCGGCACUCGCGAGGACAUUGACGCCACCUGCCGCCUCGGCUUUUCGCAUCCCAUGGGCCCCCUCACGCUGGCCGAUUUCAUUGGCCUGGACACGUGCCUCGCCAUCAUGCAGAUUCUGCACUCGCAACUCGGCGACUCCAAGUACCGUCCCGCAAACCUCUUGGUCAAGUACGUCGAGGCUGGCUGGCUUGGCAAGAAGUCUGGCCGCGGCUUCUACAAGUACUAAAAUUCCAUACCUGUGACGUUGUCUCGUGCUCUAUUAUGGGUGAAUUUUGGUUCUUGGUGCUGAAUGAACAGUGCAAUACAACGUUUGCCC